AUGGACGGAUCGCACCACAUUUAUGGUGGUAGUCAUCCACCGGGGUGGCUUCGCGAUGACCCCGAGCUGGAUCCCGCUCCAGAGAGUAGCGGUGGAGGGUCCACGCCCAAGAGCGAGCCCACGGAGGAGGCCGAGCAUGGACCUCCGCGGGAGGCCGCUCCGCGCGGGCGGGCCCUCGGGCCGCCGACGAGCGACGUUCAGCAACGCCUGGCAGAGCGUCGUCGUUCCAAGCGGGAUUACUCGCCAGACCUGGUGACGCCUCUUGACGAUCUCCAUGCCCAGGAGAUCGAUUCCUUCUUCGCGGGCGACCCAGCCGCGGAUAGCCUUGACGUCAUUUUGAUGCGCGCCGAGGUUCGCACUGAGUCCCACCUCAACGUUGGCCGGGAGCAAGAAGAGCCCCUGGUCAAGGAGGAACAGGAGGAGGAAGCUGAGGUUGUCAAGGACGAGGAGGUCUCGGUUGAGAUGGAGGCAGGCACCGCGGAUGAGGGAUCGACAUCGGGUGGUGGGAGGCUUCUCAGCGAUGAGGAACUCGCUGAAGCCCUCCAGGCGGCCGAGGAGGCGCAGGCGGCCGAGCGUGGCUUAGCGCUGCAGUUUGCGGGCCGGCUGCUGAAGCAGAACCGGGCUGUUGUCCUCGCAGCGGUGAGGGACUUCCGAAUGCAAGAGACCCCUCUAGCCUUGGAGUUCGCUGCGGAGGAGCUGAAGGGUGACUGGGAGGUGGUGCUGGCCGCGGUGAGGAGGAAUGGCAUGUGCCUCGAGUUUGCCUCCUCAGAGCUCCGGAAGAGCCGCAGGUUCAUACUGGAGGCCAUCCAGGCAACCCAGGCCUGGUGGCUCUUAAAGCUGGCAUCAGAGGAGCUGCAGGCAGACCUAGGCUUCGUGGAGGAGUGCAAGGAGGUGGCAGGGACGGGAAUCAUCUUCACCUUCUACGACAACUACGACUGCUCGGUCAUGAUGCGGAAGAGAUUCAAGACGGCGGGCGCCUCGGUCCCUGGGGGAAGCGCCUACGAGUUCGUAAUGGCGAGGCUGAACGAAACCGAACAUGGCAGCACGGCCACCGUUUGGUUCGGAGAUGAACUGGUCUUCGGGAACACCGCAGACGACAGCAGCUGGACCCAUCCUUGCAGCGACUGCGGCCGGGAUAGCGUCCCAGUUCCGGUGAAAGACCGUGAUCAGAAAUGGCGAGCCCUCGUGGAAUCGCGUAGUGCCAGGCUGGUGCUGCCAGUGGAUCAGAGAGGUGCGAAGGCGCCAUCUGGAAGGUGCCGUAAUCUGCUGCGCAGUCUCGAACAUCUACGAGGCAGCGGCUCGGCUGUGAACAGCGCAGACUGGUCCGACAAGUAUGGGGCGGGAUCUUCUGAACUGUCCGAUGCGGAUGCUGAUGCGCUCAAGGAAGCCUUCCGCAACGGCCGGCCUGAUUGCUGGGGCGAAGGUAUGAUCCGGAUCUCUCACGGCUGCGCCUUCAGGCGCAAAGCGCCCGUCCAUCCUGACACGCAGAAGCCGUUGGGGGUGGGAUGCCGCUGGGAGCGUCAGGUCCUGGACAACCUGGAGAUCCCAGUGUAUGCAUUCUUCAUGCCAUGA